AUGACUUCGGUGCAGAUACAGUCGGUCACGCCGUCGCCGGUUCCGGCGCUGUUGGCGGCCUCGAGAGUUCUUCCUGUUCAGCAGAGUGAGAGUCCGGAGCAGGUGGUUUACACGAUUGAUGGGUUGUUAAGGGCGAGAGCUGUUGGGGAGAAGGCGGAUGAACCGAUCGUGGCUUAUCCCUCUGCGGGGAUGGAGUAUGCGUACUAUACGCCUCGUCAGUUACAUACGUUUGUUGAGGCGGCCGCUGUUCAUUAUUCGAAGGUGAUUCCUCAACGACGGUCAUCGCAAGGCGCUGUGCAGGUGGUGGGAUUGCUGGGUCCGUCGGACUUUGAGUACUUGGUUACUCUGCUGGCUGUCUCGCGUCUGGGCCAUACGGUUCUGCUCCUGUCGACGAGAAUCGCCGAAGACGCCUACGUGAGCUUGGUGGAGAACACCAAGACGACGUUCCUGGUGACGCAUGCCAAUUUCCGGAAAAUGGGCGAGAAUGUCGCCAAGCGGACCGGUGUCAAUCAGCUAUCGGUGCUAGACCGCGAGGACUACGACUUGCCGGUGACUGUGGAUUUACCGGCCGCUCAGCUGGAUGGUCAGACGGAGGCGAAGCAUGUUUGCUGGGUGAUUCAUUCGAGUGGAUCGACGGGCCAUCCUAAACCCAUCUACCAGACGCAUUCUGGCGCCCUCCGCAAUUAUGCCAACAAUUUCGGUCUGCGUGGCUUCAUCACUUUGCCACUCUUUCAUGCCCACGGCAUCAGCUGUCUGUUCCGAGCCGUGCAUUCCCAGAAGCUGAUCUACAUGUACAACGCAAAUCUGCCCCUCACGGCACCCUGCUUGCUCACUACGCUGCACGAGCACCCCGAGAUAGAGGUCCUCUAUGCUGUUCCGUACGCGCUCAAGCUCUUAUCAGAGACGGAUGAGGGACUGAAGAUGAUGGCGCGUCUGGACCUGCUCAUGUUUGGUGGAUCCUCCUGCCCCAAACCCAUUGGAGACAAGCUGGUACAGAACGGCGUGCGUCUGGUAUCGCACUACGGCACCACCGAAACCGGCCAACUGAUGACCUCCUUCCGCGAUCGCUCGGACCUGGACUGGGACUACGUACGCCCCGGGCCUUCGCUAUUACCUUAUCUUCGCUGGGAGGAACAGAUGCCGGGCAUCUACGAACUCUCUGUCUUGGAAGGCUGGCCGUCCAAGGUUGCCAGCAAUCGGCCCGACGGCUCGUACGCAACAAAGGAUCUGUUCGAGAAACACCCGUCCAAGGAUAACGCAUGGCGGUAUUAUGCUCGGCUCGACGACACAUUGGUGCUUGAAAACGGCGAGAAGACGAACCCACUCGUCAUCGAAGGCGUGGCCCGGAAUAACCCUAACGUGGCCGAGGCGAUCGCCUUCGGGGCUAACAAGCCGCGUCUGGGGUUGUUCUUGGUCCAUGCAGAGAAUAGCAACUGUAUAACAGACGAGGAGCUGAUUGACGCGGCAUUCCCGGCGAUAGAGCAAUGCAAUGCGGAGUCGCCGGCGUAUGCUUACAUUUCUCGCGACAUGAUCCGCGUCCUCCCUGCAGACGCUGAGUAUCGCAAAACGGACAAAGGCACGGUCAUUCGAUCGGCGUUCUAUCGGGACUACCAGGAGCAGAUCAACCAAAUCUACGAUGCUGAGGAUGCGCAUGGCGAUCAGGUUCUCGAGGGAGACGAGUUGCUUGACUUUCUGCGAGAGCAACUGCUGCAGAUUGCGCCGUCUAUCGAGCCUUCCAGCCUAGGAAACACUACUGAUAUAUUCGGUCUCGGAGUCGACAGUCUGCAAUCAAUCCGCCUGCGAAGCGUUAUUCUUCAGACUCUGGAUCUGAAGGGACAGAAGAUCUCGCAGAAUUUUGUCUUCGAGAACCCGUCGUUGCAGGCGAUGGCUGAUGAGCUGACCCGCUUGAUCACGGGCGACGCCAAGGAAGAAGUUCCUGUCGAGGAUCGAAUGAACCAGUUGAUCAAGAAGUACACCGAGUCCAUCCCAGCGCACGUAUCGGUUCCCCGUGCUUACGACGGCGAGCAUGUCGUCGUGACCGGUGCCACCGGUUCUCUCGGCGCGCAUGUUGUCUCCCAGCUGGCUCGAUCUGACAACGUUCGUCGUAUCUAUUGUUUAGUUCGAGCGAAGACCAGACACGCAGCCCAUCGUCGAGUCCUUCAAUCCCUCCGCGAGCGUGCGGUUCUUGCAGAUUUGAAAUCUGGCACUCAACGGAAGAUUGUCGCUCUGCCCUCCGAACUGUCCGACAGCAAGCUGGGACUAGAUACCACGACGUACCAUGAGCUCACCGAGUGCGCCACGGCCGUGAUUCACUGUGCCUGGUCGGUCAACUUUAGCUGGUCGCUGGAAAGCUUCGAACAGAGCUGCAUCGUGGGCACCCGCAAUCUGCUCGAUUUCUGUCUGAACGUCCAAGCCCCGGAGCCGGCCCGCUUUUCGUUCUGCUCAUCCGUGAGCACCGUCGCACGCAGUCCUGGGGGCUGGGUGCCCGAGGCAUUGCCCGAGUCUCUGAGCUACGCUCAGGGUAUGGGCUAUGCGCAGUCGAAACUGGUGACGGAGCAUAUUGUGAACUACGCGGCUCGGGAACGGGGCAUGUCUGCGCGCGUACUGCGCGUGGGCCAGAUCAUUGGUGAUACGGUCCAUGGCAUCUGGAAUGACUCGGAGGCGAUUCCUAUGAUAAUGCAGACUGCGAAGACGAUCGGCGCGCUGCCUCGACUGGACGACAUUCUCUCGUGGACGCCGGUAGAUACGAUCGCGAGCAGUGUGAUUGACUUGACUCUCACACAAGAUGCUGUGGAUGUGUUCAACGUGACAAACCCUAUACUGAAUCACUGGACAUACGACCUCCUUCCACUCCUCAAGCAAGCAGGCCUACAGUUUGAAGUGGUAGAACGACGAGAAUGGUUGCAUCGGCUGCGCAAUUCUAACCAGGAUCCAGCUGCGAACCCGCCUAUCAAACUAUUCCCUUUUUUCGCAAGCAAGUACGGAACUGAUCACUCGAAGCCUCCCUUGUUGUAUGAUACCCACCUGGCACAGUCUGCCGCGCCCGCUCUUCGUCAGGCAGGCGGGCUCACGCAGGACCUCGUCAGUCGAUUUGUUCAGUAUUUCCAGCAGGAAUGCUGGAGUCAACCCGCAAGUAGUUUAUCGAGCGCAACACUCAAGACUCGCGAGAUCAUCUUCCUGAUUGGCCCAUGUGGCUGUGGCAAGAGCACCGCAGCGCACGCUUUAACCGAACGACUCAAUCUCCCCAUAAUCGAAGGAGAUGACAUGCAUUCCCCUAUUGCGCGAAAUAAGAUGGGCAACAAGAUCCCUUUGACCGACGAGGACCGAUGGGAGUGGCUGGCACACAUCCGAGGAGCCGUGAUGGAUCGGUUGCAACAGCAUCGCGACCUCCCUGGCCUAGCCGUUACAUGCUCCGCUCUUCGUAUCGUGUAUCGUGACCAUCUCCGCCGACUCUCCGAGUUGUUCGACUUCCCGGUCGGAGUCACCUUCUUGCUCCUGGAUAUCCAGAACAAGGAGAAGUUGGAAGACCGGCUGGUUGCCCGCUCCGAGGGCGAAGGCCACUACAUGGCUUCGGCAAUGGUCGACUCGCAGCUAAAUCUGUUGGAGGAACCUGAUAUGUCAGAAGGCGAUGUCAUUCGAGUGGACUCCAGCCAAGAGAAGGGGGAUAUGUUGCGCGGUGUAGAGGAGAGGGUGAAGGGAAUUCUGCCGUGA